CUGCUUUGUCUCUUCACCGCCUCCCGAACAUAUCAACAGCACUGGCUGUUGAAACUACGUUGUGGGUGUUAAGCAUAAACCAUACGAUCGCUGCAAGAGAAGAAUAGAACCUACGGCAUGUCAGAUAUCCAGGACAUCUCAAUCAUCUCCACUAAAGAAGUCGACACUCCUAAACCACAUACUGUAUAUAUCAUACAGGUAACAACGCCAACCAGGACCUGGGCCGUCUCACGUCGAUAUAACGAUUUCGUUGCUCUCGAUGCCGAGCUUAAAUCAUCGACGGGUCAAGAGCCGCCUUCACCAUUACCGCCAAAAACAUGGGGUUUGUCUCUUGGCAAGAACAAUCGGGAUAGGGCAAGGGAGCGCAAACCUCUACUAGAACAGUACCUUCGCUCUAUUUUGAACACCAAAUCUCAUUUAUGGCGAUCUGCCUACACGUUUUCCGAUUUCCUCUCCAUUCCUUCUCACACCGGUUCCUCUUCUACUCAAAAGUCAGGAACCAAAUUUACACCCCAGUCAUGGUUGUUAGAACACGCUGCCCUGCAGACCGUUCUUCGCUCUGCCCGAUCUGCUCUUCUCAAACGUGACGCUUUGGCCUCCAUGUCCAAUGCCACAGGCUCGCGUUCUGCUGGAGUGGAAGCGAAACGUCAUUUGAAGGAAGUGGGCAAUAGAUUGGAGGCACUUGAGAAAGGGCUGAGUCAACUGCGCGAUAUAGGCCAGGGCGAAUUGAGGAGACGGGAGGAAUUAGUAGAGGGCCUGAAGGUUGAAGCAGGAAGUUUAACAAGGAUGGCAGAAGCGGGUGUACGAACUGCUCCUUCUCUCUCUGACAAUGGGACAACAGGGGGGAGUGGAACCGCGGGAAGGCGAGGAGAAGCUUCCCCAUGGACUCUACCGGCUCAAUCCAUGCCUGGCGCGCUACCGUCCGGUCGUGUUUUUGGAGGCCACCAGCCUCCCCAAGAAACCGAACAAACUCGGCCACUUGACGAUCGUCAGUUGCUGCAACUUCAGACUAAUCACAUGGCUCAACAAGAUGACCAGCUUCAGAAUCUUAGCAGAGUACUGCAGACACAAAGGAGGAUGGGUGAAGAGAUUCACCAAGAGAUUGAAAGUCAGAACGAGCUUCUCGAACAUAUUGAGCAAGGUGUUGAUAAGACGGGAAGGAAGCUUGGAAAAGCAAAGAGAGAGAUGAACAGGCUGAAUUGAAUUCAAGCUAAAUGACCUGUUGAAAAGACACGAAAGGGACCGAUGUUGUAGCAAUCUGUUUCAACAAAUGUGUAGCCGAAAGGAUCGGAAAAUACUCAGUGUACAGGCAUGAAGGGAUACAACCGCGAGGAACCCCUUGGCUAUCGGGAUUAUACUCUCCUGUAGGGAUGAUGACUAUGUGACGGAAAGAGCGUCAUACACAUAGUAGAUAGGUGUAGUAGGUUGGCAUACACUAGUAGCCACCAGGGUAUAGUUCUAGCUAUUUGGGUUGAAUAGCUAUGUGGGGUGAGUAGCUAUGUGGAGGUCUGCCCAGUAGUACUGUAUGUAGCCUAUGGCUCGCUAUGGAUCGUAUUCUAUGACU